AUGGAUAGGAAAGUAGCAGAAGCAAUCCAUGUCUUGAAUCACGAUCCUGAAUCUUCCAACAGAGUUGCCGCCAAUCAAUGGCUUGUUCAAUUCCAGCAGACUCCGGCCGCUUGGGACGUCUCUACUUCUCUCCUCACUUCUCCGAUUGUCUCUCUAUUCGACCUCCAAUUCUUCGCCGCCCAGAUUCUCCGUCGAAAGAUUCAGAACGAAGCCUCGAAUCUCCAGUCAACAGCUAAAGACGCUCUUCUCAACGCCCUUCUUCUCGCCGCCAAGAGAUACAGCUCCGGUGUUCCUCAGCUCUUGACGCAGAUAUGCCUUGCUCUCUCGGCGCUUCUUCUCCACGCGGAUCCUUAUUCAAAGCCUUUUGACAAGCUCAUGUUCGCACUCCAGAAUCUCCAGGCCCACGAUGAUGGCAAUGUCGUCUUGCUCGAGCUUCUCACUGUUCUUCCUGAAGAAAUAUCUGACACUCGCCAUUCUUCUCAUCACUCUGAUCUUCGUCAAGAGCUGCUCUCGCAUACUUCCAUGGUUCUUGAUUUCUUACUCCAGCAGUCUGAGAAGCAAUUCGCCUCCCCUCUCUAUCCGCAUGACAACAACCGCAAAAUACUCCGUUGCUUACUGAGUUGGGUCCGUGCUGGAUGUUUCUCUGAGAUUCCACAAGGCGCAGUGCCUUCACAUCCCCUUCUUAGCUAUGUAUUUAAUGCUCUGCAGGGUACUACUUUUGAUCUCGCCAUUGAGGUGCUUGUUGAACUUGUGACUCGACAUGAGGAUCUUCCUCAGGUUUUAUUGUACAAAGUACAGUUGCUCAGAGAUACACUUCUAAAACCAGCUCUUAUAAAUGCUGAUCCAAAAGUUGUCUCUGGCCUGGCAUGCUUGAUGUCUGAGAUCGGACAGGCUGCACCAUGCUUGAUUGUUGAAGCAAGUUCCGAAGCACUUAUUCUGACUGAUGCCCUUCUGAGCUGUGUGGCAUUUCCAAGUGAUGACUGGGAGAUUGCGGACUCGACUGUACAGUCAUCUUUUGCGACAUAUAUACUUAGCCUAGGUGGAAGUAGACAGAAUGACAGAAAUCGUGUGAAAGAUAUAUUUCUACCAGUUUUGUCAGCUUUAGUUGAUGCUCUUGUGCUGCGCGCUCAGGUUGAUGAGUUUACCUCCAGUGAUGACAGUCCAGGGCUUGACCUUCCUGAUGGUCUGUUGCAUUUUAGAAAUAAUCUUCUUGAGCUCUUGGUAGAUAUUUGCCAGCUACUUCAUCCUACAACAUUUGUGAGUAAGUUAUUUUUUGGUGGCCUGCCUUCUUCAAAUGUUUCGAUGCCCUUGAGGGAGAUCGAGGCGAAGUUGUUUGCUCUUAAUGCGGUUUCUGAAAUUAUCUUGCAAGAGGGAGAGGCUUUUGAUUUUUCAUUGAUCAUGCAAUUGGUUUCUGCAUUCUCCGUUAGGCCAUCCAGCGAGCUCAAGGGAUCACUGGCAGAUGUUGUUGGCUCCUAUUCAAGAUGGAUCUCUGUUUUUCCAAGCAAUGCCAGACCGUUGCUGUUAUUUCUUGCAGGAGGGAUUUCUGAACCUAUUUGCUCACAUGCUUGUGCCUCUGCUCUGCGUAAAAUUUGUGAAGAUGCUCCAGCUGUAAUCCAGGAAUCAUCAAAUUUAGACAUCUUAAUGUGGAUAGGAGAGUGUUUGGAGCAGUGGAAUUUGGCGUUGGAAGAUGAAGAAGAAGUCAUUAGCGCUAUCACUGUGAUCCUUGGCUCUGUUGCUAACAAAGAGCUACAAAAUAAAUUAUUAACUCAAUUGCUUUCGGCAAGUUACGGAGUUCUCUCAAAACUUGUAGAUGAUGACGCUGAGUCUUCUGGUAGACAGAGUCCAGCCACUUACACACGAAUGUUGAGCUCUGUUACAAGAGGUCUUUACAGGAUUGGAACUGUAUUCAGUCACCUUGCAACAUCUCUGUCAUCUGCAUCCGUGGCAGAUGGUCCAAUCCUAUCUUUGUUGACUGUUUUCUGGCCCAUUUUGGAGAAGCUAUUUAGGUCUGAACACAUGGAGAGUGGCAGUUUAGCUGCAGCAGCAUGCCGUGCUCUUUCAGAGGCAGUUCGGUCGUCAGGUGAGCACUUUAUGCUGCUACUACCCAGUGUACUGGAGUGUCUAUCGAGAAAUUUUCUGUCAUUUCAGAGCCAAGAAUGUUACAUUAGAACAGCCUGUGUAAUCGCUGAAGAAUUUUGUCACAAGGAGGAAUACGGGUCCUUGUUUAUCACUACGUUUGAGAGAUUUACUCAAGCAUCGUCUCUGAUGGGAAUAAAUUCGUCGUACAUUUGCGACCAAGAACCCGAUUUAGUGGAAGCAUAUGUGAAUUUCGCAUCAGCAUUAAUCCGCGGUUGUCAUAAGGAAUUGUUGGGUACUUCUGGAACGCUUCUUGAAAUUUCUUUCCACAAAGCGGCUAUUUGUUGUACAGCUAUGCACCGAGGUGCUGCUUUAGCUGCAAUGUCAUACUUGUCAGGUUUCUUGGAGGUUUCGCUUUCUUCCAUGAUCGAAACGGUGAACUGCAUAUCAGAAGGAUCAUUCAGUGUGGUCUCCGUCCAGGUUGUAUCUCACUGUGGAGAGGGACUUUUGUCUAAUCUAAUCUACGCUCUACUUGGAGUUGCAGCUAUGUCAAGGGUCCAUAAGUGUUCCACAAUACUUCAGCAGUUAGCUGCGAUCUGCAGUUUAUGUGAGAGGACUUCAUGGAAAGGAAUGUUGUGUUGGGAAUCUCUCCAAGGAUGGCUAAACUCAGCGGUGUGGGCACUUCCAAGCGAGUAUCUGAAGCAAGGAGAAGCAGAGAGCAUAGUGAGGGAAUGGUCAGAAGCUCUGGGAGGUGCAGGGAUCGAUUACCUUGAGAACAAAAGCUGCAAUUUUGGAAACGAUAACACUUCAGUAGGAGGAGGAGGAGGAGGAGGAGGAGGAGGAGGAGGACAUAUGCAAGGGAGACACGGUCGAGCACUGAAGCGAUUAGUGAGAGAUUUUGCUGAUUCUCAUCGAAACGAUCCCAAUCUAAAUAUCAAAGUCAAUUCCGCAAAACGGCAAUCAGAAUUUUGGAAAACCCUAGCCGAAUCACUUCUGGGAAGAGACGCCGCCGGAGUCGCUGAUAGAGAGAGAGAGAGAGAGAGAGAGAGAAAAGGUCGGUUUUGAUCUCCUGUUCUCCAUCUUCGACCCCGAGAGACGAAAAUGGCGGAUCAGGAGUCAGAUACGAACAUCGAGAUUUGGAAGAUUAAGAAACUGAUCAAGGGUCUCGAAUCCGCAAGAGGUAAUGGAACGAGUAUGAUCUCUCUUAUCAUGCCUCCUCGUGAUCAGGUCUCUCGUGUCACCAAGAUGCUUGGUGAUGAAUACGGAACCGCUUCGAACAUCAAGAGUCGAGUCAAUCGUCAGUCCGUCUUGUCUGCCAUCACUUCCGCUCAACAGAGGCUGAAGCUCUACAACAAGGUCCCUACCAAUGGGCUUGUUCUCUACACCGGCACAAUCGUUAAUGAUGAUGGCAAGGAGAAGAAAGUCACGUUUGAUUUCGAGCCCUUUAGGCCGAUCAACGCUUCCUUGUACCUCUGUGACAACAAGUUCCACACGGAGGCACUGAACGAGCUUCUAGAGUCUGAUGACAAGUUUGGUUUCAUCGUCAUGGAUGGAAACGGGACGCUGUUUGGAACUCUGAGUGGGAACACCAGAGAGGUUCUUCACAAGUUCACCGUUGAUCUCCCCAAGAAGCACGGAAGAGGAGGACAAUCUGCGCUUCGUUUUGCUCGUCUUAGGAUGGAGAAGAGACACAACUACGUCAGGAAAACCGCAGAGCUUGCUACACAGUUUUACAUCAAUCCAGCCACAAGUCAGCCUAAUGUCGCUGGUCUGAUCCUCGCUGGUUCAGCUGAUUUCAAGACCGAGCUGAGCCAGUCUGAGUUGUUUGAUCCUCGUCUUCAAGCCAAGAUAUUGAACGUGGUGGAUGUCUCUUACGGAGGUGAAAACGGUUUCAACCAGGCGAUUGAGCUGUCUGCUGAGAUUCUGUCUAACGUCAAGUUCAUACAGGAGAAGAAACUGAUUGGGAAGUACUUUGAGGAGAUAAGUCAAGAUACUGGGAAGUAUGUUUUCGGUGUGGAAGAUACUCUAAAGGCUCUAGAGAUGGGUGCUAUCGAGACCCUGAUUGUGUGGGAGAAUCUGGAUAUAAACAGGUACGAGCUGAAGAACAGCACGAGCGGAGAAAUGGUGGUGAAACACUUUGGGAAAGAUCAAGAGACUGAUCAAAGCAACUUCCAUGACGUAGAGACUAACGCGGAGCUAGAAGUCCAGGAGAAGAUGCCUCUGCUCGAGUGGUUUGCGAAUGAGUACAAACGUUUUGGCUGUACUCUCGAAUUUGUGACUAACAAGUCCCAAGAAGGGUCACAGUUUUGCAGAGGUUUUGGUGGGAUUGGUGGUAUGCUUCGUUACCAGCUUGACAUGAGGACAUUUGAUGAGUUAUCGGAUGGUGAACUCUAUGAGGAUUCUGAUUAAAGUGGAAAACUUUUGGUGCUGCUUUCAGAUCGAUACAGCGAGGGAAAUGUGGCAUAAGAUGGAUCUUUUAUCAAGAAAGGGUUUGAAGUUUUGAGAAAAAGAACCGAGAAAUUUAAGUUUUUUUGUUUCCUAUAGAACAUUGAAAAGCUUGUCUCUUUCUUCUCCAACAUUUUUUCCUGUGUUUUUGCUAGACAAUUUUUGUUGUAAUUGGUCCCGUUUUGAGGAUUCUGAACAUCUUUUUUGUUGCUCUAGUUUCUAAUUCUGAAAAUCGAUGGUGAAGAACACGGAGAUGUCGAUUUCUGCGAACCUAAACGGCACCGUUGGGCAUUUUUGAUUUAUAAUAUAAUCUGAAUUAAAUAAUAAUUUAAGAAAUUAGGAUUAUCCAUCUUCGUUCACUCUGCGAGUGAUAGAAGCCGAAUGUAGGGGAGUCGCUUCUCUAGGGCUUCUUCUGAUCGGAAUCGAUGAGAUUUUGAAGCACGAUGGGUACGAGCAGCGACCCGGUCCAAGACGGUUCCGAUGAGCAGCAGAAGCGAUCGGAGAUCUACACAUACGAAGCGCCAUGGCACAUCUACGCAAUGAACUGGAGCGUUCGUCGCGAUAAGAAGUACAGGCUCGCCAUCACCAGCCUCCUCGAGCAGUACCCGAACCGUGUCGAGAUUGUGCAGCUCGAUGAAUCCAAUGGCGAGAUCCGAUCCGAUCCUAAUCUCUCCUUCGAGCAUCCUUACCCACCCACGAAGACCAUUUUCAUCCCGGAUAAGGAGUGCCAGCGACCCGAUCUUCUCGCUACCUCAAGCGACUUCCUCCGUCUAUGGCGUAUCGCCGACGAUCACUCCCGCGUAGAGCUCAAAUCGUGUCUCAACAGCAACAAGAACAGCGAGUUCUGUGGCCCUCUCACUUCCUUCGACUGGAACGAAGCUGAGCCACGCCGGAUCGGAACAUCAAGCACCGAUACGACUUGCACAAUCUGGGACAUCGAGCGUGAAGUUGUUGAUACUCAGCUUAUUGCGCACGACAAGGAAGUCUUCGACAUUGCUUGGGGUGGAGUCGGCGUCUUCGCUUCCGUCUCAGCUGAUGGAUCAGUGAGAGUCUUCGAUCUCCGUGACAAGGAACAUUCCACGAUUAUCUACGAGAGCUCUGAGCCAGACACUCCUUUGGUGCGUCUCGGGUGGAACAAGCAGGAUCCAAGGUAUAUGGCCACCAUUAUCAUGGACAGUGCUAAAGUCGUGGUGCUCGACAUUCGUUUUCCAGCUCUUCCUGUGGUGGAGCUUCAGCGACAUCAGUCUAGCGUCAAUGCCAUAGCUUGGGCUCCUCAUAGCUCUUGCCACAUCUGUACCGCGGGAGACGAUUCACAAGCUUUGAUUUGGGAUAUUUCAUCCAUGGGACAGCACGUCGAAGGUGGUCUUGACCCCAUUCUCGCUUACACAGCUGGUGCUGAGAUUGAGCAGCUGCAAUGGUCUUCUUCUCAGCCUGAUUGGGUCGCUAUUGCAUUCUCCACGAAGCUGCAAAUCCUCAGGGUUUGAUCCUUUUUUUCUUCAUUUAGCUUCUGAUCUCUUGUGACAACAGGGUACCUCGUUUUCAAUCGUGUUAAAGAGGUCUGCUUUCUCUUGUUACUAUCCUCAAGAUGUAAAGCUAAAAGUUUCCACUGACUGUUCUUCAACGUAUUAAUGAAUCUG